UAAAAAUCAUCAACUCGAAUUUUAACUUCAUUUGGCCUUACUCGUAGGUAGAAAAAAAAAGCUUCAUAAAUAAUAGAACACGAUAUCUUCAGGUUAUAAGUUGAGGAAUAAGUUGCAAUAGGAAGAGGCUUGUUCUUUGUGUGGGAUAUUACUGGGAUAAAAGACAAAGAUGAAGUUGUCCCAGAACUGGAGUAUGCUGUUGUUGGUGUCUGUGGUGCUGGCUGUAUUGGUCUGCACAGAGACAAGGAAGAGGGGAGCUAAUAAAUCUGUUUGCAAGUACAACAAGAAAGGCAAAGAGGCAGAAUGUGAUACAACAACAAACACCAAGGCCAUCACUUUCACCUUGAAGAAAGGUGAUGCCAACACCUGCGCUCCCACAAUGGUCAAACAAAAACCCUGCAACGGCACCAAGAAGUCCAAGGGCAAUAAAGAUUGCAAGUAUGACAAGCAGAAUGCCAGUUGGAGUGAAUGUGACGAGGCUACUGGCAAGAAGAAGAAGACAAUGCCCUUAAAAGAAGGCUCUAGUGCAGACUGUGAACCAACUCAGACCAAAAUGAAGAACUGUGACAAAAAUAAAAAAAUGAAACCCAAGAAAGCUUGUAUGUAUGAGAAACAGCCCUGGUCUGUCUGUGAUGUGGAGACCAAGCAGAAGCAAAGGGACAUGAUUCUAAUUAAAGGGAACUCAACUCAAUGUGUUCCCAAGAAGACCAUCACCAAAGCCUGCAAGAAAACCUGUAGAUAUGACAGAAGUGGGUGGAGCGCCUGCGAUAAGUUGACACGACAGAAACAGAGGCAGCUGACCCCAAAGAGCAACUCCCUUCCUCAGUGUACGCCCACGGUAGAGACGAGACCCUGCUAUGUUAGAGCUGAGUUAACAGCAGCCAAACCUCACAAAUGUCGCUAUAUGCCUGGCACUUGGUCCGAGUGUGACCCACGCAGUAAUACCAUGACGAUGGUCAUGACGUCCAAAACAAGAGACCCGGUGUGUCAGAAGUACAAGAAGCUGUCCAGGAAAUGUAAAGCAGCUUGCAAGUUCCGUAGAGGAGAGUGGUCAGAAUGUGAUGAAACUAGCCAGUUGAUGACCCGCGUGGACUCGCUGGUCAGUGGAAGCCCUAAACAGUGUGAUGAAAGCAGACAGAUCACCAAGAAAUGCAGGAGAAAAUGCAAGUACACGUUUGGUGAGUGGGGCGAGUGUGACCCAGUGACCAAUCACAGGACCAGAGUCAAGAAACUAGUGGAUGGAGGAGACCAGACCAAGUGCCUCCCUGAGGACAUCGUCACGAAGCCUUGUGAAAAGAAAAAUGGCCGAGAGCGAUGUUUCUACGGGGCCUGGGGAGAGUUUGGCCCCUGCACAAACGGAGUGGUAACCAAGAACCGACAAGUCCUGCAGGGGGGCGUGGAGUGCGAGCGCAAAGCAGUCAUCACUCAAGCCUGCACCAAGACGCCUGGAAGUUAACAUGACCUAUUUCAACAAGUGACAAACUUUAAUUCCAACACAAGAAAGAAAAAUGCACAUCUAUACAAAUCAAAAUUUCAUUUAGUGAAUGGAAAAUGUGAGCAAGUUAAUAACAAAUUUUUUGUUUCAAUUCGUAUGUUUUGGUUAUAAUUUUUAUUUGCAGAAACCAUCUCUAGAAUAAAACAAAAUUUCGAUUUUUUUUAAAAAUAUUUAUGAGAAUGUUAUAUUCACUAUAUGCUCAGAUACUGACAAAGUUGUUGUCUGGUUCAGUGCAUUUGUAACUCGAUAACUCGUUAGGUUCAACAUUUUCUGGCUAGAGACCAGAAGUUUAUGUGUUCCAGGGAAUAUUUUCUACAUUGAGACUAUAUCACUAGCUAACAAGGUUAAAUACUUUUUGCAAUUUACCUGCACCUACAGAUCUUUACGAUGCUGAAAAUAUUAACAUUUGAAUUGAGUUUAUAUGCUUAGCGUAUAAUCCCAUGUAAGAGCCAAUUCGAAGUCUAAAAAAAUGUGCACAGGAAAUCUACACAAUUUCUGUGUAAAGGUUAUAUCAAAGGUUUAGAGCAAUGGAAACUAAAACGUUUUGAGAACUCUUCGGUGACGUCAUGGAGAGUAAACAAAAACAAAAACAAAAAAAAAAAAAAAAAGACUCCCAACUGAAUAAUGGCACGGUAUACCAUUUGUUUUUUUUUUAAUUUGAUCUUGAAUUUGAUUGUUUGUAUAAUGUAGUAGUUGUUUGUUUAAUGUUUAUUUGGAUUGCACUAUAUACACCUUUGGGUCAGUCAUGAAAGAAUGAAAUUCACUUGUAAGAAUGUCUGUAUCUGUGUGAUUGACGGGGAUAAUACCAGACCUAGGUAAUGCUGAGUUUGACUGUGUCAAUCAGUCAAACUGCGUAGAUUUUGGUCAAAGGUUGAAAUUGUAUUUACAUCUGGAACUUUUCCCUAAUUUCUCUAAAUCCGGUCCAUCAAAAGCUAUAGACAUAAUUCAUGGCUCUCAAGCCAAAACAACUAGAAUCAAUUUUUGGAAACCUAUGUCUAUAAGUUCAACUGAACUCUUCUUAAUGCUUAGAUUAAUUAUCUCAAUGUAACUACAUUAAAGCUUCAAGAGAUGGGCUUUAACACUAAAUAUUUUCCACCUUAUGGGUGUGUGUGUAUAAAUAUAAAUACAUAAAUAGAUAAAUAUUGAUUGAUUCAUUCUUGUUUUAGGGUCAAAGAAUAAUUGUGCAAAGUUUAAACUUGAGACUGUUAAGUGGGAGAAAGUACGUGUGCAAGAUUUGUACCAGACAGACAGAGUGAAUUAUUAUAAGUUUUGUAAUAAUAUUCUAUGUGUAUAUCACAGAAUGAAUGUUUUAGUUGUGAGUUAUGUUUUUUAAUGUCACAUUUUCAAUAAUUUUUUAUGAAUUUCUGUGCAAAUAUUUUUUAUAGUAUUUAAUAAUAAAAGUAAACAUUUUCUCUAA